UUUCCGUGAUGUCCGCGAACUACACACAUACCUGUAAUGAAUUAUGCCGUGUCUGAGUAAACUGGUGCGCGAAGACACUUGUACGUCUCCCCUCGAGGCGGACGCUCGGGACAGUCGCAUGAACAAACUCCCAGACAGUCAUGGAUAUCCUUAAGAAAGAAGAGAAACACAACCCGCUGGCCACCGCCGGCUGUUUAUCCAGGGUGUUUCUGUGCUGGUUAACCCCGCUGCUGCACCUUGGCCACAAGCGGAGGCUGGAGGAAAGUGACAUGUACAGCGUUCUUCCAGAGGAUCAGUCUGAAACACUGGGAGAGGAACUACACAGAUUUUGGGACCAUGAAGUUAGAAAGGCUACAAAGGAAGCUCGGAGGCCUAAUCUCAGCAGAGUUAUUAUUAGGUGCUAUGGGAAGUCCUACGCAAUGGCUGGCUUGUUUACAUUUUUACUGGAGGCAAUUAAAGUGGUCCAGCCACUUCUUCUGGGGCAAAUAAUCCUGUACUUUGAGAAUUAUGACCCAGAUGACCAGAGGAGUCUUAGCAUGGUGUAUGGUUACGCUGCUGCGAUGUCCCUCUCCACAUUUGCACUGACGCUCCUCCAACACAUCUAUUACUAUCACGUCCUAAGAACAGGCAUGAGGAUGAGAGUGGCCACAUGCCACAUGAUAUACCGGAAGGCUCUUGGUCUCAGCAGUAAAUCCAUGGGGCAAACAACCACUGGACAAAUUGUGAACCUCCUUUCUAAUGAUGUCAACCGUUUUGAUGAGAUUACACUCAAUCUGCACUACCUGUGGGUGGGACCUCUUCAAGCGAUGGUGAUCAUCGUUCUCCUUUGGUGCGAAAUCGGACCCUCAUGUCUGGCAGGUGUGGCAGUCAUUGCCCUCAUGAUGCCUGUACAGACCUGGUUUGGAAAACUCUUUGGCAUCUUCAGGAGUAAAACAGUAGUUCUUACUGACAACAGAAUCCGUAUCAUGAAUGAAGUGGUAUCUGGCAUCAGGAUCAUCAAGAUGUAUGCCUGGGAGAAACCCUUCUCAGCUCUGGUUACUCAAGUCAGAAGGACAGAAAUCGGGCAGAUAUUGAAGAGCUCUUACCUGCGAGGACUCAACAUGGCCUCCUUCUUUGCCAGCAGCAAGAUCAUCGUCUUCAUUACCUUCACUGUCUAUGUCCUCCUGGGCAACACCAUUACUGCCAGCACUGUCUUCGUCACAGUUUCCCUCUACGGUACCAUCAAGCUCACGGUCACUCUCUUCUUCCCACUGGCCGUCGAGAAGUUGUCGGAGACUGUGGUCAGCAUUGGCAGGAUUGAGGAAUUUCUCUUGCUGGAGGAGAUCGAGAGAAAAAACUCCAGGCUGCCUCUGGAGGAAAGGAAGAAAAACUUUGACAUUGAGAUGGAGAAAUUGACCUGCUACUGGGAUAAGAGUUUGGAUACUCCAUCGCUGCAAAACAUCUCUAUCACAGUGAAGUCGCACAAACUACUGACUAUAAUUGGCCCAGUGGGGGCUGGAAAGUCAUCUCUGCUGAGCGCCAUCCUGGGAGAGCUGCCACACGACACAGGGACCUUGACGGUCAAAGGUCAGCUGACAUAUGCCGCCCAGCAGCCCUGGGUGUUCCCGGGCACUGUUCGCAGUAACAUCCUGUUUGGGAGAGAGCUGAUCCCGCAGAAGUAUGAGAGAGUCGUCAAAGCCUGUGCUCUGAAGAGGGACCUGGAGCUGCUCCCAGACGGAGACCUGACACUGAUCGGGGACAGAGGAGCCACACUCAGUGGAGGACAGAAGGCUCGUGUCAACCUGGCGAGGGCGGUGUAUCAGGAUGCAGACGUCUACCUCCUGGAUGAUCCUUUAAGCGCUGUGGAUGCUGAGGUUGGGAAACAUCUCUUUGAACAGUGUAUCUGCGGCCUGCUGAAGAACAAGACUCGUAUUCUGGUCACCCACCAGCUGCAGCAUCUGAGGGCAGCCGACCAGAUUCUGGUCCUCAAAGAGGGUCGCAUCAUGGCCCAGGGUACCUACAAUGAGCUGCAGAGCUCCGGCCUCGACAUUGUGUCCCUGCAGAAAAUCAGUGAGGAGCAGGAGCGAUUGUCUCGAUCAGGUGACUCGGACAGACAGUCGUUACUCAGCCAGAGGACAAUUCAAUCACAAAGUUCACACAGCAGCCUCCUGCCACCAGAGAGCAGCUGUGUUGACCAGCUCCCGGUUGAAACAGUUUAUACCAUGUCAGAGGAGACUCGAGCUGAGGGGAAUGUUCGCAGCCAGAUUUAUUUGAAGUACUUCACUGCAGGCUGUAACCCUCUGGUGUUAAUGGUAAUAGUGCUGAUCAGUGUCAUAGCUGAGGUUGCGUAUAUUGUGCAGGACUGGUGGCUGGUGUACUGGGCGAGAGCGGAUUAUUUUAAUAGCACCGUCAGUGCUGUCAGCAUUGAAACUAGGACAAAUGCUACGCGCUCAGGUCAAGAGUUUGAGCUCAAAUUUUACCUUGGUAUUUAUUCAGGUUUGACAGCAGCUGCUGUGGUCUUUGGCUAUACCAGGAGUUUAGUGAUCUUUCAUGGGCUGGUGAGGUCAUCUCAGGCUCUGCACAACAGCAUGUUCAGCGCUGUCAUCCGCACGCCUGUUCGCUUCUUUGACGUCAACCCCAUAGGAAGAAUACUCAACAGGUUUUCAAAAGACAUCAGCCAGAUGGACUCCAUGUUACCCAUCACCUUUGUGGACUUCUAUCAAUUAUUUUUACAGAAUAUAGGUGUGGUUGCAGUGGCGGCCUCAGUCAUCCCUCUCAUCCUCAUCCCUGUCAUUCCUCUGCUUUUUGUCUUCUUGUACUUGAGACGAUUCUACCUCCAUACAUCACGAGACGUCAAACGCCUCGAAUCUACAACUCGGAGUCCAGUCUUCUCCCACCUGUCAUCGUCUCUUCAGGGCCUUGGCACGAUCCGAGCCCUCAGCGCAGAGGAGAGGUUAAAGAAAGCCUUUGAUGCACAUCAGAACCUGCACUCAGAGGCGUGGUUUUUGUACCUGAUGACCUCCCGCUGGUUUGCACUUCACCUCGACAGCAUUUGCUCCAUAUUUAUCACCUUCACCACAUUUGGCUGCAUUCUGCUCAGAGAUGGGCUCAAAGCUGGAGAGGUGGGCCUGGUGCUGACUUAUGCUGUGACACUGGUGGGAAACUUUCAGUGGACGGUGAGGCAAAGUGCUGAGGUGGAGAACAUGAUGACAUCAGUGGAGAGGGUGGUGGAAUAUACGGAGCUGGAGAGUGAAGCACCCUGGAAAACCCAGAAGCGCCCUCCUCCCGACUGGCCCAGCAAAGGCCUGGUGACGUUCGACAAGGUGAACUUCUCCUACAGCGGCGAUGGACGGCCAGUGCUCAAAGACAUCAGCGCUACCUUCCAACCCAACGAGAAGGUUGGUAUUGUGGGAAGAACAGGUGCUGGGAAAAGCUCUCUGGUCUCAGCUCUCUUCCGCCUGGCAGAGCCUCAGGGGAAGAUCUACAUCGACGGUGUGGUGACGUCUGAGAUCGGCCUCCACGACCUGCGCCAGAGGAUGUCCAUCAUCCCUCAGGACCCCGUGCUGUUUACUGACACAGUGAGGAAGAACUUGGACCCAUUCAAGCAGCACACUGAUGAAGACCUGUGGAAGGCUCUGGAGGAAGUGCAGCUGAAGUCUGUGGUGGAGGAGCUGCCUGGGAAGUUAGAGACAGUUCUGGCCGAGUCGGGCUCCAACUUCAGCGUGGGCCAGAGGCAGCUGGUGUGUCUGGCCAGAGCCAUCCUGAGGAAGAACCGCAUCCUCGUCAUCGAUGAGGCCACGGCCAAUGUCGACCCCAGGACAGAUGAACUGAUCCAGAAAACCAUACGGGAAAAGUUCAGUGAGUGCACCGUGCUGACCAUCGCUCAUCGUCUGAACACCAUCAUAGACAGUGACAGGAUACUGGUGCUGGACAGUGGAACCAUCCAGGAGUUCGACCGUCCUUUCAGCCUGCUGCAAAACAAAGAGGGUGCUCUCUACAAGAUGGUGCAACAGAUGGGCCAGGCCGAGGCAGCAGCCCUGCUGGAGUCAGCCAGACAGAAGUCUUGACAGCCUGAGGCCAGUGAAGAUUUCCAAAGACUGCUGUAUAACAGACUCCAGACUGUAAGUAGUCUCAGAGAACACCUGAGGCUUUCCAUCACAACCAUAUGGAUGACUGCAUGACCUCUCUUUUAUUCUGAAAGAUGCAAUAUCUACCUUGUUGUAAAGAAAGCCUUUUUCUGGUAAAAGAUUUUCAUUUUCAGUUCUGAACCUAUGCAGGACAAGUGGAUUUUCUAUUGUGCCUUUGAAGUUGCUUGUGAAGGAAAACAAAUCAAAUGUAUCAGUGAGUGUGUGAUACUGUCCUGGAAAGCCAAAGUCCUACUGUGAAACUUCAGGUACACCAAUGAUGGUGCUAAUCAUUGAAUUGUAAUACAAACUGUGAUCCUUUUGUACAUCUUUCUGAUAAACAUUAUUCCAUUUU